AUGAAUUCAUUAAUUAAAAGAGUAGAAAAGAUACAAAAAGAAUGUGUGGAUGCUGCUGAUAAAAAUAAACAAUUAAAUGCAGAUGGUACAACAGAUGCAUUCACAUUAUUAAGACGUAAAAUUGGUUUAGAUAUUAAAGGAAUUAGAGAAUUAAUUAAAGAAAGAGAUGAAGCAGAAGCAAGUUUAGGACCAGGAACAGUUAGAACAGUACAAUUAUCACAUCAAGUUAGAACAGCAAUUAUAGAUGUUAAAGGAGAAUGUAAUAAAUUACAAAGAAUGCACGAUAAAUCAGAAGAAAGAUAUAAAAGAAAGAAUAAAGAAAAUCCAGAGAAACAAAAGAAAUUAGAUUUAACAAGAGAAACAUGUGAAUUAGCAUGGGCUCAUGUAAAAGAAUUAGAAUUACAAAAUAAACAAAGAGGUGGUGAUGGUAGUAAAUUCAUUCCAAGAGACCAUAAUCAAUCAUCAUCAAAUGCAUCUGGUACAAAGCAAUUACCAGAUUUAGAUAAUGAUGACUUUAAAGAAUUACUUAGAAAUGAUAAACAAAUUGAUGGUGUUUUAGAUCAAAUCUCUGAACAAUUGAAAAUCACUGAAAAUAUUGCAAAUGAAAUGGGUAAAGCUGCAACUAGACAAGGUGUCCUUUUGGAUACUCUCAAUGAUAAAGCUGAUGUUUUAGAUGAAAAAUUGGAAAAUAUAAAUAUUCGUCUUGGAAAAAUGAUUAAAGAUAUUCGUAAAGCUGAUAGAUUCAUUAUUGAUGUCAUUUUAAUUGUAGUUUUAUUAGGUAUUAUUGGUGCUAUCGUUAGUAUUGUUAGAAAAUAA